AUGGGAAAACCCACCACUGCCUCCCCAGGGCUCUCCUUCACACUGCUGGUGACUGGGGCCGUGGCUGUGGCUGCUUUCACUCUGGGCACCUGGAUCUGGGUCUGCCAUCACUGCUGGAAUAGAGACACGGGGAAUCCACUCUACAGCAAUGCCCUAUACCAGCCCUGCAGGGCCCCAAGGAAGAGUGAGUGGCCUCUGGCUCCCAAAUCUUCCUCCAGUCCCAGGCCCAUUCACCCCAUCUCUGCAGUUGGAGUCCCACCUGGCCCAGGCUCCUCUGGGAAGCCAAGGCCAAGAGGAUUCCUUGAAGUGGGAAGACAAAUCAGAACGUGGAGAGACCCAGAGAGGACCCCCCAGCAGCUAU